GGACAUCUGAUAAUCACAGGCUGCCACGCGGCACGCACAUCCAUGAAUGCUCACAAAGGCAGCACAAGUAUUUAAGCCUACCAUUAGGCUUCCGGAAGAUUUGCUAGUGUCUCGAAAUGCGUACUCUGGUAAGAUGCUGAAGCAUGUCUCGGACGGUUGGCUGGGGUAGUGCAUUGGAGUUUUGGUAUGUAACAAUGAUGUCAUGCAUUCGCGCAGCUCCCUGCAGCGCACUCCAUUCAGGCAGUCCUAACCACAUCGUUUCGAUGUCAUACCUUUAUUGGAUUUUGUAGGCAUCACUUACAGCCGCGACGCUGGAAUUGAGAGGUUUUCUUCCCAUUGCCCAUUCUUCACGAGGACAUCCUGAAGCUUCGUGUUCUCGGGCACAUCUUGUGCUUACGCCACUUACCUGCAUCACUGGUCCAUGCCCAGGUCGACUCGCUCCAUUUGCGGCAGUCUGGUUCUUGGAGUGCAAUCGAGUUUGGCACCAGCACGGAUCUCACGCUCAAGACCUCGGUUUGGCUUCACGAGGACGACAGUUACAGCACCGGCACUUUUCAAAUCUGCAAGGGGGUGGUCCAGCACUUCCACCCAGACCACCGGCACCGGCACCGCCCAACCACGACCACAACCACAAGCACGCCGACUCCUCUUCUCGUCCAAGAACAUGGCCGACGUCGACACCUCGCUGCACGCCUCGACCUCGGGCGCGGCGGCCAUUUACGCGGAGCUGCACUCGGCGCCGCACGCGCUCAAGCUCUACGGGGGCUGGUUCUGCCCGUUUGUGCAGCGUGCGUGGAUCACGCUGCACGAGAAGAACGUGCCGCACCAGUACAUCGAGGUCAACCCGUACCAAAAGACCCCGGAGCUGCUGCGCCUGAACCCGCGCGGCCUAGUGCCCACGCUGGCCGUGCCCGUCCCCGAGACGGUCGGCUUGCUGAGCACCGGGGAGCGGGCGGUGGCAGACGGGUCCGGGCCCGUGGCGGACGAGGAGGCGGAAGGAGGAGGCGAUGGUGGUGGCCAGAAUGGAGUCGGCGCGGGAGGGGUGCGGAGGAAGCCCCUGUACGAGAGCGCCGUCAUCUGCGAAUACAUUGACGAGGCGUACGCGAGCAGCGGGAUCAAGGACGCCAGGUUUGGACCGGGAUUGCUGCCGCCGCUGUCGGAGCCGUACGCGCGCGCCCGCUGCCGGCUGUGGAUCGACCACAUCAACGGCAAGAUUGUGCCUGGGUUCUACCGGCUCCUGCAGCACACGCCGGAGAAGGACGGCGAGUACACGCUCGAGGAGGCGCGGGCGGGGUUCCUGGGCCACAUCAAGACCUUUGUCAAGGAGAUGGAGGGGUUUUCAGCGGCAGAGAAGGACGGUGAUGGCGGCGGUGGUGAUGAUACUGCUGUGGAGAGGGCGCUGGAUCACGAGGAUGACGGGCCGUGGUUCCUGGGCCGCGAGUUCUCGCUGGUGGAUGUGAUGCUGGCUCCGUGGGCGAGGCGGCUGUUCCUGAUCGACCACUACAAGCCGGGCGGGGUGGGGAUCCCGGCCGUGGGCGAAGGCGGCGCGGAAGAGGCCGUGUGGGCGCGGUGGCGGCGGUGGUUUGGGGCCAUUACGAGCCGCGAGAGCGUCAAGGACACCUGGAGCGACGAGGAGCAGUACAUUGCGGCGUACAAGCGGUACGCCGAGGACACGACGCAGAGCGAGGUGGCACAGGCGACACGCAAGAGGCAGCGGCUGCCGUAGUGCAGUGGGCUAUAGUGAGUGGCAUGGCAGGUGUGUGUUGUCGGUAAUUAUAGAAGACUGAAACGAAGACGAGAUUUGAGCCUCAUUCUGAC